UCCUGUCAGCACUGGGUGGUUAUCGGCUGCCUCAACCCAUAUAAGCCUCCUUGUUUCAUUCAUGGUGAAUUAGCACCAGGCCUGCGUCCUUUUUUUCAGCAUGAAGUCGUUCUCAGCCCUGCUUUCCGUGGUUCUCCUCGCCACCGCGACAUCUGCGUCGGCGUCGAGCUUCUUUAGGAUGCCACUGACGAAGCUUGCGUCCCCCAGUUCGUACUUUGCAGGUCUGCCUGAUGCUGAUCGUGCACGUGCCGCAUUCCUCAAGAGCUUUGCUUCUGGCGGUCCUGCAACUGUCCCUGCAUCUAACCUCGCAUAUGUCCAGUACACUACUAGUGUUGGCGUUGGCAGCCCUCCGACGUACUACAACUUAGUUGUCGACACUGGUAGUUCCAACACUUUUGUUGGAACUGGAACAAAGUAUGUGCAAACCUCGACGAGUAUCUUCACUGGCGAGGACGUCAACGUCACUUACGGCACUGGUUACUUUUCUGGCUUGGAGUAUCUCGACCAGGUGACACUCGCUCCAGGUUUUGUCAUCACGAACCAGUCCAUCGGCGAUGCUCUUUCAUAUGCCGACUUUGAGGGUGUCGAUGGCAUCGUCGGGGUGGGCCCCGUCAUUCUGACUGAGGGUACACUCUCGCCCAGUACCAACGAACUAAUUCCCACCGUUAUGAACAACGCUGUCUCGCAGGGUUUGAUCACAGAGCAAAUAUUGGGUGUCUCUUUCGCACCUGCAACGAGUUACAAUGACACGAAUGGGGCCCUCACUUAUGGAGGCAUCGAUUCGUCGUUGUACACUGGUGAAAUCACUUACACGCCGGUUACUGCAACUUACCCCGCUGGUUACUACUGGGGCAUCAACGUCACUGAUGCAACGUACGGCUCUGCGACGACUGUCAUCCCAACGUCAACCGCUGGAAUCGUUGAUACCGGCACUACCCUGGUCCUCCUCGCUGAUGACUUCUUCGAGUCCUACUUGCGUGCCAUCCCCGGUGCCAAGAUCGACGCAAGCACCGGCCUCAUGACUGUCCCUACAACUUCCGUCUCGGAGAUCCAACCAUUGAACUUCACGGUCGAUGGCACCGUCUUCAGCUUGGACGCUGCAGCGCAACUCAUUCCGAUUGACCAGAACACCGCAUGGGGCUUGUCAGCACACAAGCAGUACGGCAUUGUCUCAUACUUGGGGACUAACAGCGGCGAGGGACUAGACUUCAUCAUCGGGCAGAAGUUCAUGGAGAAAUACUACGCUGUUUUCGACACGGAUAGUAACCGCGUUGGAUUUGCUUAUACCGAACACACGUUCACCACGUAUACUCCUUGAUAUGGGUGCCUUCUUUAAGGGGACGAGUGGCAGUAAUACCUCCUUCACACAUACUUCGCGUUUCUUUUGCUCUGAUGGCGUUACCGCAUGCGCCGUUUAAUUCACGGUGCUACUCCCAGGGCUGCAUUGUAACCUUGAGGACGCACUCAUACGGUGCUUAUCGGUGCUAUGCGUGACUGAGAGAUAUACCCAGACGUUUUGAGG